CGAUCGGACGGCCGCUGCGCUGGCUUGCUGCAAGUUUACCAGUUCCAGUGCGAGCUUGGCAGUAGAGGUGAAAUUGGCUCUUCUGCCAAUCUAAUGGAAAAUCGCUCCUUUGAGAAAGUGUCAUCUGCAAUCGUGUUAAACAAAUCAAACAUUCGUCUUAGACGCGACAAUUGCCGUAAACAACAAAUCCUGCUCCUGCUAUUAUGUUGUUUAAACGGAUCAUUGAAGGAAAGUCCAUGUUGAACGCGGAUGCCAAGAACAUUUCGCCGGAGAAAUGUUCUAGAAGGAGGUCGGAAUGUGAUGGAUGUAGUGAACAUUCCACUAUAUUAGAAGAAAUGAUGAAGAUGGUGUUACUUGGUGUGGUGCUCUGGGCGGGAGUCACCUUCGGGAGUCAUGUUGCUCCUUAUCCUCUAAACCUUAUUUUAUCUACUGACAUUAGUCAUCCGCCACCUAUGUAUGAUUAUCCGUUUCCGAGUGCUGAAAUGUUGAGGAGGUUACCGCCUGUCACAGCGCUACACACAAACAGGUCGAUAAGGAUCAGCAAGCUAGAAGUUUCCAUGUUGGAAAGGCUGGAAAUAAACCUGCAGUCCGCUGGUAUCGCGCCUAAAACGGGCUCUGUUGCGCUUGGACUCGCCAUCGACGGUUCCGUAUCCGAGAAUGCCAUGCACUAUGAGAAGUCCUCAAUGACGAUUACCAAAGCGUCUCAGAAUCUAGUCUACACGAGGUGCCGAAGAUAUGGUUUGCCAAAUGAUGAGUGUGCGAGUUUCAUCAGCACGUUGAAUUUGCGUGAGAGUGAGUUUGGUGGCGAGUGUGCGGCUCUAGAACGUUUCACUUGUCAUACAAAUAAGAUGUCGUCAAAGUAUCGUACUUUUGAUGGUUCCUGCAACAACCCUGUGCGGUCUUCCUGGGGUCAGGCACUCACCGGCUACAAACGUCUUCUGCAUCCCAGAUAUGCCGAUGGCAUUGAGGAGCCUCGUCGCGCUAUAAGCCACAGUGCGCUGCCGUCUCCUCGUGCUGUCAGUACCAAGCUUACAAGUAACCUGGACGUGCCAAACAAUGGCAAGACCAUGGCGUUGGCUAUCUGGAGUCAGUUUAUCUACCAUGAUCUGGUUCAUACUCCUGUUCGCAAAACAAUCCAUACGAAUCAAGCUAUCCGGUGCUGUGACAACGAUGGAUUUUCUCUUAGUCCAAGAUACAUUCACCCUAGCUGUAUGCCUAUCUCUGUGCCUCAUGAUGAUCCGUUCUACAAGGAGAAGUAUGUCACCUGCAUGGAGUACACUCGAUCCGUCACUACCUACAGAGGAGAUUGCACUUUCGGAGCUGCUGAGCAGAUGAACCAAGCUACCCAUUUCCUCGAUGGAUCAAACAUCUAUGGCGCAAACAGCUAUGAUGCGGCAGCCCUACGUGAAAGAACCGGGGGACUUCUAAAGACUGCUCAAAUUGAAGACGAGGAACAUCUGCCAUUAGCUGCCAACCCUACUGAACAGUGCUUAGUGGACAGCAAAACUGGAACUUGCUUUAACGCCGGUGAUACCCGUGCCAACACCCACCCAUGGCUAGCGAGUAUGUACUCCAUUUGGGUGAGAGAACACAACCGCAUUGCCCGUACCCUGGCCACUCUCAAUCCUGGCUGGAACUCCGACCGUCUGUACCAUGAAGCUAGAAGGAUUGUCAUUGCUGAACUCCAACACAUAACCUACAAGACCUGGUUGCCUGCACUUACCGGAAGGUCAUUCGAUGAGCUAUAUGAGAGUUAUGACCCAGGAUACGUCUCGGAGAUUGACCCCACAAUCACGAACUCGUUUGCCACCGCCGCCUUCCACUUUGUCAAUAGCCUUCUCGACCAGGACAUUGAACUCGUUGACAAAGACAACAGUGUGACGCCACACCGUCUUCUAAACAACUAUUUCAAACCAGAGCUGGUCUCACAGAAGGGAGGGCUUGAGAAGAUCUUGAGGGGAAUGGUUAGCCAGAAGAGCCAGGGAUUGGACUUCAAUUAUGAUGAUGACCUCCGUCACCAAUGGCUGGGUGGUCUUGAUGUGUUGGCUGUGGACAUCCAACGCGGUCGUGACCAUGGUCUACCUGGAUACACUCAGUACCGCACCCUCUGUGGCUUGCCUGCCGUCUCCAGCUUCCAACAACUUACUGACGUUAUGCCAGAAGAGACAAUUACAAAGCUAUCGAAACUGUACGAGCAGCCUGGUGAUAUCGACCUGGUCAUUGGUCUGAUGGCUGAGUCACCAGUCCCUGGUUCUCUUUUGGGACCUACAGCCAUUUGCAUUAUGAAGGAACAACUUUGGCGCACAAAGGCAGGAGACAGAUACUUCUACAGUCACCAAGAUGAAGCCGGCAAGUUCACCAAGAGACAGCUUGCUGAAAUAAAGCGCUCAUCCCUCGCAAGACUACUCUGUGACAACACGCCUUUCGAUAGAAUUCAGAAAGAUGCCUUCCAACCGGUUUCUGAAAGCAAUCCUAUCGUCCCGUGUGAAGAAAUCAAAAAGGUCAACUUAGAAGCGUGGCAAGCCUCAACAGAACAACCAGACAUUCUAACUCGCACCAACAAUUGGCUCAAAAACAAAGUCGGCAGCUCGGGAAACUCCACGAAGUAGAUUCUCGCCCUUAGAAUAGUAUAUUUUAUUUAUCUGCAGUGCAAGUUAGGCCAAUAUUUUUAGGUUUAUUAUUUGAUAUAGGAAAUUUGAACCAUCAAGUACUUAAAUAACGGCUUGAUGAUAGAAAGAUAGUUGUAGUAAGGAUACCACGAAGUUCUGUCAAGUGCGUAGUAUAGAUAAUGUAUUAAGACUGUUCCAGCUUGCAUUGUAGAAUUUAAGUAUAUUGUAGUCGAGCGUUACAGUAUUUUGUUUAAUUGUGACAGUGUGUUUAUUUAGUUAGUCGUAGAUAGAAACACGUUCCUCGAUACUAAGUCGAAAGUGAAGUCGUAAGGCUUAAGUGUGGCCAAAUGAAUGUCUUUUGAGAUUUAUAUCUGCAAUGAAGACAGGUUUGGUCGUAUGUUUGUCGUGUGAUUGUACCGUGUCGUACAGUGGCUGUGAUAUGUGGACGUUUAGUCCACUGCAUAGAGGAAGAAGUCUCGAGUCCGAGACGUGAGUUUAUGAUUCUCGAGAUCCAUAUGUUAAAAGAUCCGAGAAUUGUUUCUGAUAACAAAAACGAAACUUAAACAUCUGAAAUAUAAUUUGAGCAUGAUUGUUUCGUGCUAGUUUAAAGUACUUAGAUUGUAGAUCAAACCAGGGUAAUUUUUAUCGAUAGAAGAUGUAGCACUAGCAACUUUGGAAAAUAUAUUCAGACAUCAGUUUACCCUGGUGAUGAAUUGUGGGCUGUAGUGAAAUAGGUAACAACAAUACCCAGUUUACCUAUAGCUUGAUUCUUAACAUCUGUCGGCUUCUCGAUACGGUUUAUGAGGAAAUAUUCGCGAGAGUGAAAAUAUUUUGUUAUUUGCGUGACGCACGAUGCGAUCCAAAUAAGGAUUUUGGCUCUUGGUGACAUAACGAGGCUAACCAGUUUUCACUGAAAUUUAUGAUAUCUUGAGUAACAUGGUCAUUAUUUUGAUCGUUAUCGUGCGUCGUGAGUUGCGGUACAUCCAAGUGCUCUCUCUCUUUAGAUGUUCGCACUUAUAUACUUCCAUAUUGGUCCCAGUAUUUUUUCCAUCUCAGUUUCAUCUCCUAAAUCGUUUUCUGUUGUUAUCUCGUCUUGUUUUCGAGUUCAUUCUUUACUCUUAUGAAUUACUUAUUUGAUAGUUUUAAGGUUCAAACAUUUAUUACGAAUUAUUUUUUCUUUUUUUUGACAACGAAAUUUUUGAGUGAUGGCGAAAAAUUUAUGCCAAAGACUGGAAUAUAACUUAAAGCGGCUAGUUUUCUUAGUGUUACAAACGUUUAACAUAAUUUUUUAAAUUUGCUUCGAUAUUUUUUCAAAAGUCAUUUUUAUUUAAUGUUUAGCUCAAAAAAUUAGGCAUGUCAAUUAAACUUACGUUAUUUUGUAAAAAUAUAACAUUUCUGCUCUCGAAAACAUGUACCUAAUUUAGAAUACUUUUACGUUUAUCAAACCACAAAUCGUUCUUUUAAUCAUCAGCGAAUUAAGUGUACUUAUAAUAAUGAUUGCACAAUACCAUGUGAAUAAUAAAUAAUUGGAUUUGGAUAAAAACAAUUACAAGGGACUUUUUGAGAUUCUUAAUUAAUAGAGUUAUUAAAUCAAAGUGCUUGUUAGUGAUGUAAUUAAAUUCAAUGCUUUGACUUUCAAAUCAGUUUUGAUGUUGAUGUUUUUGUCACAAAUUCAAUAGAUUCAUUAUUUUACUAUUACUGCCAAAAUAUAUAUAUUGAUAUCUGUACUUUUAAUUAUUGUGUAAUGAUUUAAAGAAUUGUUGAAUUAAACUUUUAUUUUAGCGAACAAAUUUGAAAUUUAUUUAGUAUUUAAUCGGAUUACUUAUUGAUUUUUUUACGACAGUUCACAUCUUUUCGCGUUAUUUUCGAAACAUCUUCCGUAUAUUUUGUGAAUUGUCAUAAAAUGAUUAUCCUAUUCCUAAGUUCUUUUUAUACG